ACGUUACGUCGGCGCGUGCGAGCGUUAGGGCUGGGUCUCCGGAGCCGAAGGUGGGCGCUACCAGCGCAUGUCGGAGGUUGAGAGAAACUCUUGGCUGGGUUCUAGAGUUUGGACCUCAUGGCGGAGAUAAUUCAGGAACGUAUAGAAGACCGGCUUCCCGAGUUGGAACAGCUGGAGCGCAUUGGACUAUUCAGUCACGCGGAGAUUAAGGCUAUCAUUAAGAAGGCUUCGGAUCUAGAAUACAGAAUACAGCGAAGAGCUCUUUGUAAGGAAGACUUUAUCAAUUAUGUUCAAUAUGAAAUUAAUCUUUUGGAGCUGAUCCAGAGGAGAAGAUCUCGCAUCGGGUAUUCAUUUAAGAAGGAUGAGAUUGAGAAUUCUAUUGUACACCGGGUACAAGGUGUGUUCCGACGCGCUUCAGCAAAGUGGAAAGAUGAUGUUCAACUUUGGCUGUCCUAUGUUGUCUUCUGUAAGAAAUGGGCUACCAAAGCUCAACUUAGCAAGGUGUUCUCUGCCAUGUUGGCCAUUCAUUCAAACAAGCCAGCUCUGUGGAUUAUGGCAGCCAAAUGGGAAAUGGAAGAUCGCUUGUCUUCAGAAAGUGCAAGACAACUCUUUCUUCGAGCUCUGCGCUUUCAUCCCCAUUGCCCAAAACUUUAUCAAGAAUACUUCAGGAUGGAGCUGAUGCAUGCUGAGAAAUUGAGGAAGGAAAAGCAAGAAUUUGAGAAGGCCAAAAUGGAUGUGGGAAAUCUUGAUUAUCCUGAAGAAAUCCUGACAGGCGAGUUGGCACGGAUCAUCUACAAAAAUUCUAUAAACAUAAUUAAAGGUGCAGAAUUUCAUGUGUCACUGCUUUCAAUUGCACAGCUCUUUGACUUUGCCAAAGAUCUGCAAAAAGAAAUUUAUGAUGACCUUCAGGCUGUGCACACAGAUGACCCUCUCACUUGGGAUUAUGUGGCACGGCGAGAAUUAGAGAUACAGUCGCAGCCAGGAGAAGAGCAGCCUGCAGCAAAGCAAGCCAGAGCAGUGGAGGCAGGCCGGAAGGAGGAGCGCUGCUGUGCUGUGUACGAGGAGGCAGUCAAGAGUCUCCCUACAGAGGCCAUGUGGAAGUGUUACAUCAACUUUUGCUUGGAAAGGUUUGCUAAGAAGACAAGUAGUCAGUCCCUCAGAGGACAGAGGCUGGAAAGAACCAUGACUGUAUUCAGGAAGGCACAUGAACUCAAACUUCUACCAGAAUUCCUGUACAAGCAGUGGAUCGAGUUGUUGCUGCAUCAUGACUUCCUUAAGGAAGCUCUGCAGGUGGCUGUAGCCGGGAUUGAGUUGUUUAGAGACUCUGUGAUGAUAUGGGAGCUGAAGCUGCGGGUGCUGAUUGAGUCAAAGAGCCCUGACGUAGCCAGGCAUUUUGAAGAAGCCUUUGCGUCCCUGAAACCCCAGGUUUGUCUGCCAUUGUGGAUUUCUUGGGCAGAGUGGAGUGAAGGUGCCAGAAGCCAAGAAGACACUGAAGCCAUCUAUAAGAAAGCUAUCUUAGUUAUCACGGGUGCUGACUCAACCACUCUGAAGGAAAAGUACCUGGAUUGGGCUUAUCGAAGUGGUGGCAACAAAAAGGCGAGAGCUGUGUUUAAAAGUUUACAGGAAAGCCGUCCAUUUUCAGUUGAUUUUUUCAGGAAAAUAAUCCAGUUUGAAAAGGAGCAAGAAUCCUGCAAGAUGGCGAACUUAAGAGAAUAUUAUGAGAGGGCUUUGAGAGAGUUUGGAUCUGUAGAUUCUGAUCUUUGGAUGGAUUACAUCAAAGAAGAAUUGAACCACCCCCUUGGCAGACCUGAGAACUGCGGACAGAUAUAUUGGCGAGCCAUGAAAAUGUUGCAGGGAGAGUCAGCAGAGAAGUUUGUAGCCAAACAUGCUAUGCAUCAAGCUGGCCAUUUGUGAAAAGAGGAAGACCACAGCCAACCUUCUGAAAUAGUAUUGUAAGCCCUCUGGGCAGGUUUGUGUUAUGAAUUCUUCUGCAGUUGGCAGACAAAAUUUUGAGACAUGUUUUAAUUUUGUUACUGGGUUAAUCUUUAAUUCCAGAAAAGAGAACUGCUGUUUAGUGGCCAGAGGCUAUUUGUUGAGGCUGUAUUUACUGUAGAUCCUAAAUGUUUUCCAAAAUAUGUGGAAAUCAUACAACUGAGUUUCUUUUAUUACCCCUGUCAGGGGUGGAUGUCUCUAAUCUAGACCUAGGGGCCAGUUGAAAUGGAGGGGAAAGUACAGCUCUGUUUAUUUUCUCAUUAUAAAAGUAUACAUGGUAUGUGUCUGUUGUAGAAAAUAUGGUAAGAAUAGAAUAAUGAAAAUAAAAGUAUCCGGUCAUAUCAUCUGGAGUUAAACUCAGUAAUUUGAUUUCCUUGAUUGAAAUUGGAUUUAUUCUGAGAUCAUUUAUUUAGUCAUUGAGUGCUCAUCAUAAGCAGAAAAGAAGGGAAGCUCUUUGGGAUGGAUGUCUUGAGAGCUGGCUGAAGCAGUAGAGAAGGAUUGGGGAAAAAGUCCUUUAAGAAGAUUAAGACAUUAUAAAAGUGUCUUUUAUUCCUGGGACAGAUCUGCAGAGAAGUGUUUACCAUGGGAAGGCCUGGCAACCAAAGAAGGGCAGGGCUAGGGAGUAGAUUAGAAUGCAGAGAAGGGCUUCAGAGGCGAUGAUGGUAGAUGGCUUAGAGCAGAGAAGGGCAUUCUGGGAGCAGGGGACGCAGUUGUUUGAAUUUUAUGUUAUUUAACUUAACAUUAUGAUGUCAGUGGGAGAAAUAUUCAGUACAGUUUACUUACUAUGUUUCACUUAAUGUUGUUUUCCCCCAUAUCAUUAAAAUAACCUUAAAAACAUUUGAUUUAUAGCAUUCCAUUGAGUAGAUGAGCCAUGACUUAUUUUACUAAUCCCCUGUGGUUGGACCUUGCCAUUUGUAAUUUUUUUCUAAUUAUAAACACUGUUGAUGAAGAUUCUUGUAAAUCUUUGUUUACAUCCUUGGUUAUUUCUUUAGUAGAUUGAUAUCUUACAGAAUUAUUAGAUUAAAGGAUAUAACUUUUUAAAGGAAUAUUGAUAUAUAUUGCCAGUUUGCAAUGCAUGAAAAUGUCAGCACCUUUGGCUGCAGAGUAUAUUUUAUAUUUUUAUUUUAAUAAGUGAAAAAUGACAUAUCAUUGUUUUAAUGUGCAUUUCUUUGACAGUAAUGGAAUGAAUGUUUUUUUCCUGGUUCUCAUCUUCUCAUGUUCUUUGACAGUUCUUUGAACUUUUUCUUAUUAAUUUGUAAGUUUCAUAUAUAUUAAGAGUAUUAACCUUUA